AUGGAUAGUGACGAGCAAGACUUUUCACUGUCAGGAUUAACCCAAAAUACAUUUUUAGAGGAUCCUGUUAUUUUGGAUGACGAAUUAAGUAUAAUUUCAAGUAUUUUAGCGACUGAAAAUCUUGAUUUUGGUAACAGCGAGUCUACAAGUGCAAAUACUAGUCAUGCCGAGUCAACAAAUGCAAGAAAUAUAUCACUUAUUAGCGACGAAGAGUUACAGAAAAUAAAGGAAACUCGAAUCCCGUUAAACACGAAGCAUAAUACAGCAUGGGCAGUUCGUGUGUGGAAAGAGUGGGCGGACGAAAGGAAUAGUAAAGCACCAGCCAACGAGAAAGUCGAGCCGGAUAUUUGUAAAGUCAGUGAUGUAGAACUUAUGCAUUGGUUAGCGAAAUUUGUUGUCGAAGUUCGGAAGAAAGCAACCAAACGGGAAUGCUAUCCGCCUAAUACGCUGUAUCAGUUGUGUUGUGCUUUGCUACGAUAUCUAAGAAAUAAUGGUCGUCCAGCUUUAAAUUUCUUCGAAGACCCUAAUUUUAAACAUUUUCAGGACUCGAUUGAUGCAGAAAUGAAGCGCCUAACAGGGCAGGGUGUUGGUGCAAACGUCAAACAAGCUCAAGCCUUUUCUGAAGCUGAUGAGGAUAAACUCUGGACUUCUAAGCUCCUAGACGAUCAUACAGCAAGUGUGUUAUUAAACACAAAGGUGUUUCUAAUAGGAAAAAACUUUGCACUUCGAAGUGGUAGAGAGCGCCGUCUUCUAAAAUUCAGUCAGUUGACACUGGAGCCGGCAUGUGGCACGGAACCUGAGAAAUUGGUGUACGUUUCUUUCGGGGAGAAAAACAAUUUAGGAGGAUUAAAGCAAAGCAAUAUGAAGCGAAAGCGC